AUGUAUGAUUACGUCUUAGGGGUGGAAAAUCUGUCGGAAGCGUUUGGCUCUGAUAAACACAUCAAACUUGAUAAGAGUAAGGAAGAUAGAAAUGAGCCGGGCGAUGAUGAAGGAAAAGUGUUAGAGAAGAAAGGAGUUCAGGAACAGGAGUUUAGAGACUCAACAGCGUUCUUAAAGGGAACACAAUCUCUCAACCCGCACAACGACUACAGUCAGAACUUCGUAGAUACAGGACAGCGACCACAAAACUUUAUCCGGGAUACAGGACUUACAGGACGGUUCGAAGAGUAUCCUAAACUCCAGGAGUUAAUACGUCUUAAAGACGAAUUGAUCGAAAGGACGGCUCAUCCCCCCAUGUACCUAAAAUGUGACCUAGAAACCUAUGACCUGAAACAAUUAAAUGCAAAGUUUGACGUGAUACUGAUCGAGCCCCCGCUAGAGGAGUAUAGCAGAACCUACGGGGUAACCAAUACCAAGUUCUGGGAUUGGGACAAGAUCAUGGCCCUGGAUAUUGUUGAGGUUUCAGCUCCACGUAGUUUUGUAUUCCUAUGGUGUGGUUCUAGUGAUGGUUUGGAUCUAGGGAGACUCUGUUUACAAAACUGGGGCUUUAGAAGAUGCGAGGAUAUCUGUUGGAUUAGAACUAAUGCCAAAAAUAAAGGUCAGCAUUCCUUGGUGGAACCUAGAGCAUCCUUAACUAGAACUAAAGAGCAUUGUCUCAUGGGAAUUAAGGGCACGGUUAGGAGAUCUACGGAUGGAGAUUUUAUCCACGCCAAUGUUGACAUAGAUCUCAUCAUAGACGAGGAACCUGAGCAGGGUUGUAUGGAUAAACCAAUCGAGAUGUUCCACAUUGCGGAACAUUUCUGUCUCGGAAAACGUCGGCUUCAUGUUUUUGGUCGCGACUCAUCAAUUCGUCCAGGUUGGUUAACGAUAGGACCUGAUCUCUCUAACAGUAAUUACGACUGGAACCAACAUCAGUCCUUCUUCAGUGAUGGAAUAACCACUGGUUGCACAGAGCGUAUUGAACAACUCCGACCCAAAUCUCCGCCACCUAAGUCUGGUGGGCGUGGCGGUGGUCGGGGCGGCGGAGGAGGGAAGAAGAGAGGCGGUAGAGAUGGUAGAUCAAGGGGCGGAAGACUUUGAUUGUAUGUCCUUUUGAUAAUUGUUGAUGUUAGUGGAAAUACUUUCAGA